UAGGGGCGACACCAAACGCCUAAACUCGUAAUACAUCUCAAUAACAAGAUGGAGGUAGAUUGAAUGGUCAUUAGUAUUAUUUAUGAAAACAACAAGUUAUAAAAUAGCGAAAGAGUUUGGUCAGGAAGAAAUGAGUUGAUAGAGCAGUUAAUAUGACUACAUUACAAACCGGAUAUCAAGCCCUUUUGGCUUAUAAUGAUAAUGAGGCAGAAACUCCUCAAGACAGUGGUGUUAUGAUACAUGUGGUGCCUGAAAGUGGAAAAUCACGAUGGAAUCAUAUAGAAGAUCUUGAUUCAUUUUUUACAAGAGUAUAUUUAUAUCAUCAAAAAAAUGGCUUUGGGAGUAUGGUCCUUGAUGAAAUUUUAAUGCUUAUUCAAUUUAUCUUUGCUGUCAUAUUCACAAUCUUCAUAACAAGUUGCGUGAACUAUCCUGUUCUAUUUAAAGACGUACCUCCUCAAGGAGUCAAUCAUACGGAGAAAGUUACUUUAAGGGACGUUGUUAUUCCCUUAAAUGUUUGUGUAUAUAGAUUACAUCCUUUGAUUGUAUUUUGUUUAAUUGUGGCAUCUGUUUUCCUUGUAUUAAGACUUAUCAAGGUAGUAUAUCAGCUAUUUCAGUAUAAUGAGAUCAAAGUAUUUUAUAGUACAGCAUUAAAAAUAGCUCCAGAUGAUCUAGAAAACAUGACUUGGCAUGAGGUGCAGUGCCGACUUUUGGAAGUGCAGUGUGAACAGCAGAUGUGCAUACACAAGAGAGAACUUUCAGAAUUAGAUAUAUAUCAUAGAAUACUCAGGUUUAAAAACUAUAUGGUAGCUAUGGUCAACAAGAAUAUACUUCCCAUAAAAUUUAAUCUUCCUUUCAUUGGGGAAAUAGUAUUUUUUUCAAAAGGACUUAAAUAUAAUCUUGAAAUGAUUUUGUUUUGGGGUCCUUGGGCACCAUUCGAAAAUAGUUGGCACUUAAAAGAAGAUUAUAAGAAAGUAUCGAAAAGAAAUCAAAUGGCAAAAGAUUUAUCUACUCGUAUUACUUGGAUAGGCAUUGCAAAUGGUCUUCUCUCUCCAUUAAUUUUGGUUUGGCAUCUUCUAAUGUUCUUUUAUAGCUAUGUUGAACAAAUCAAAAGAGAACCUAGUGUAUUAGGAACUAGAACAUGGUCUAACUAUGCAAGAUUUUAUUUACGUCAUUUUAAUGAAUUGGAACAUGAAUUUGAUUCCAGACUGAGCAGAGCCUAUAAGCCAUCCACAAGUUAUAUUUCAUUAUUUACCUCUCACAAAGCAGCAGCUGUUGCUCGGUGUAUCAUUUUUAUGGCUGGUGCUGUAUUUUCAUAUUUUCUCGUUUUGACCAUUUAUGACGAAGACGUAAUGACUGUGGAACAUAUUUUAUUUGUUAUGACUUUUUGUGGUAUAAUUUGUGCUGGAUGCCAAAGCUUUCUACCUCCAGAAAAUUUGGUUUGGUGUCCAGAAAAACUUAUGACCAAUAUCUUAGCUCACAUCCAUUACAUUCCCGAUCACUGGAGAGGGAAAGCUCAUAUUUUUAAAGUUAGAAAUGAAUUUUCACAAUUGUUUCAAUUAAAAGUUGUGCAUUUUUUGGAAGAGUUAAUUAGUCCGAUUGUUACACCCAUCAUUCUUUGCUUUUAUCUCCCCCGCCGUUCAUUAGAUAUUGUGGAUUUUUUGCGUAACUUUACAGUAGAGGUUGUGGGCGUAGGUGACGUCUGCUCUUUUGCACAAAUGGAUGUUCGACGCCAUGGUAAUCCUAACUGGAUGACUGAAGGUCACACAGAAGCAAAUCAAUACCAGCAAGCUGAAGAUGGGAAAACAGAAUUAUCACUUAUGCAUUUCACUUUAACGAAUCCAAAUUGGAUACCUCCAGAAGAAUCUUCUGUGUACUUAAAUAAUUUGAGAGAUCAAGCUGUUAGAGAUGUUAGAAAGUUACAUAUGAUGCCAGAGGAAAAUGCAUUGUAUUAUUCUCUGAAUUCUGUUUCAUCAUUGGGUGGAGAAUAUAGCGAUUUAGUGAAGAGUAUUUUGCAUACUAAUGUCGAUCCGUCGAUUGGUCCUACUAGUAUAUUGGCUCGAUCCUUAGCACGGUCUCAACUUCUCUCUCCGUCGGCACCUUCUCCAGUACCUGUAUUUGUUGGAAACAUUGCUCAAAGAGAAGGACCACUUCACAUUAAUUCGGCUGGUCUUAUAUCGAGUUUACAUCAUUCCCAAUAUCAACAUCAGAGUGAAAGUCAUAUUACAUCUAUUCAACCUUCUUCUGUCACUGAUGUACCUUUGGAAUUUACCGCUGCUAAUAUGAGUAUAAGUACUUUAUAUAUGCACGGUUUGCAUUCUAAGUACUUGAAGCAAAGAAGUAGUGCACCGAGAGUUGGCCAUCCAUCCAUUAUUUGGCAGCGUCCAUUACAGGACAUGCCCGGAAUUAUGGAAUCUCCUCAAGAGGUAAUAGGUAUCGAGGGAGGAGAAGAAAGAGCCGAACAUCAACCGCUUCUGCCUGACACAAGAAUCACCAGGUCGUCUUGAGUGGGAAACAUGUCAGAACAGCCGAGAUUAAGCUUUUAGUAGUCAGCAUUUAACUGCCAUUUCUGUUAAUGUCCUGCUACAGUAUUUAACUGCAAUUGAAUGCUUUCUACGACAAAAUUCUAAUGAUUAAAAGUAUUUCUAUCUCUAAUCGAGAUUUUAAAUUGCAUGAGUAUUAAAAAAAAUGAUGUACGGAGUGUCCACGACUACCAAUGUACAAAUUUUAAAACUUUUACUGGAUAUGUGUAAAAAAGUUUUAAGAGAAACGCAGUUAAACAUGGACGAGUGAAAUGUUCGCAUUAAUUAUUAAAGCAAAAUUGCUAAAGGAACCAGAAUAUUUAUCAAUCUUUAUAAUUGUCUUUAAACAGUAAUUUAAAUCGGUAGUAAGAUAAGUCAGUAUUUUAUUCAAUUUACUUUUAUUUGAAGUAGCCUAUUGGUUCUUUCGAAUUUGUAUAAAUGCCAACGAAAUUCAUUUUCAGUAAGAAUUUCUAUAGGUGACAAGAAACUAAUAAUUGAAAAUUGAUCGCACAUAAUAUAAAAUUUAAGUCAUUUUAGAAGUGUAUAUCAUAAUCAUACUACGUAAGAGUUGCGAUAAUUUUUCGUUUUUAAAUUUUACAUUAAAAAAAACUACUAGAUGUAAUUAUCGAUCUUUAAAGUAAGAUGUGAGUAUAUGACACGUUUUUUAAAUCAUAGCUCAUGCCAAUUUUUUCGGUUUCUUUGUCUACAGACUAACUUGUUGCUCCGAUGUGUAAAUGUGAGUUUGUUUAUACACCGAAUUUGUAAAUUGUGCAAUGGAUUGUUGUUGCCUGUGAUCGUUUACACUUUGAUAAUUAUGACGAAUUUAAAUACACGCUAUUUGAAGUAACCAGUCCAUUGAAUUGUAAGGAGGAAAACAAGAAAAACAUGUAAAAUGUAAAUUCCUGUUAUUGGAAAAAAGGAAAAAAAAAAAAAAAAUGCAUAAAUAUGAAUGAGUAAAUGACUAUUUUAUUAAUGCUUAGUUUUACCAUUAAUGGAAGUAGAGUAUAUAUUACUCUGUCCAGUUUAUAGUAGCAUGCUAAUUUGUGAGUGGUGUAUAUGCUGUGGGAUUCUGUCCUGGUAUAAUUUUGCAUAGAGUGCCUUGUAGUUUUCCUCCCCUCGCAGAUGGAGAUGGUCCAAUUCGUUUGUCACGCCGAUAGUUAUUUAUAUGAGAAAAUGGUAAAAAAAAAAA